ACGGUUUUUUUCAUCCAUAGAUGGUGAAAGGCAACCGCGGUCAGUCAAUCAAUUCAUGAAAACAAAACGCAUUUUGCACAAGUUUGCUACGAAAAAUCAAUUAAAAAUUGAAAUCAAUUUCAUUCGGAACAACGAAUCUACUCAUUUUCUAAAAAAUGUCCAAGAAAGUGUUUCAAAGAUUGCUGCGCUCCCCGGGGAAGGUCCGGAAAUCGGAUUUAUUGUCGGACCAGGAAUACCGUGAUUUAUCAACGACAUGUUUCGAGGAAUACUACAGAAGCAAUUUCAACACGGAACAGUUGCGGAGCUUGACGACGGCGGAAGCAAGCCACCUGGAAGUGUUCUAUCAGUUGCGGGAAAAGAAAGCUGAACGAAUCAAGAAGCGUUUCCGCGAUAAACCCCAGCGGCCUGUGGCUCCUCCAGUGAUAGUGCGCUAUGUGCCUGGCCCCGAACUGCCACAUCAUGUGGAGGGAAGUACUGAACAGGACGCACCGCAAGACACGAGCGACAUCCGGCAUUUGGUAGACAAUAUUGAGAGACGUAUGGCCGAAGAGCCGGCGCAGCCAGACGCAGAAGUUGAGAGAUCCGUGGCCCCGGUGCAGCAAGAGCCUAUGGAAACGUCCACCCCUGCAGAUGGAAUCGAACGGGCUUUGGAUGUGUCCAUGAACCAGGUUGACCUUUCUCAAGCAAUGCCACCAAAAGAGCUCUUGCUUGAAGAACCACCUGCAGAGGUCCCAUCUGUACCGAUCGGUACCAUUGAGGAAGAUCUGGACCUUGGACCACCGGGAGAUGCUGCAGCGUUUUUCGGAGUCGACCAUCCAAUGCCCGUUAGCGACCGUUCCGUCUUGGAUCGUUUGAGAGGAGAGUUUCCGAGUCUUGCGCGGCCAUCAAUUGCAGGAUGGUUUGAAGAGUUAGAAGUAGCUCCGUUGCCAACGACAGAAGCAAUGCCUCCACCCUCCGCGACGGGAGCAGGAAUCAGCGCAUCAACACCCAUUGUACCGAAUCCGAAUAUUCGUCGAUUCUACAACACAGAUCUCAGUGCAAUUAAACCACCAGCUUUGGCGGAAAAAUUACCGAAUGAUCAGGAGCAAGAACAACAGGUUGGACCAACAGACGAAAUAAUACCAGCAGAUACUCUUGUGAAUGUUCCUAGUCAAGAUGCACCGCAGUCAGCAGAAAUCAUUGCAGCCGGUAUAGUUCCAGAAUCAGUCCAAGCUCCAACAUUGGAACCUGCUCAAGAUGCAGAACCGACCUCAGUGCAACAGGUGGCACCAAUACUACAAGUGGCUACACCAGCUGCAGUCGAAUCAUCUAAUGUACCUGCCCCCGUUCGGAUUGAAUCAUCAUCAUCAGAGGCAACAACAGUGCCACGUUCUCGCCGUUCUCGUAACAUCUUCCGGAAGGUUCCCACUUAUACAGAGAACUCAAUCCCCGUUACAAUGAAACUUCGAACUGUUUUCGAAUAUGACUUCAUUGAUAACUUGGACAUGUAUGAGCAGUCACGAGCUUUGAUACAAUGCAUAAUUGAAUCUCGCCCUACCGGCACUAUCCAGCAUGCACGUACCUCAGCCGAAAGGCUUUCGAUAAGACCCUCGCUUCCAAAUGGCAUUGAAGAGCAUCCUGUUAUGCGUGACGUGUCGGCAACGCAAGCUGAACUUAGUUCCAUCAGGGAACCAACAGCCAAUCAGUCCAAGCUGUAUCCCAUUCAAGAGAGACCACAGCACGAAGAACGUGAAGAGCAGCAGCUACAAGGUGUCCCCGUCUCGGUCCCAAUUGGAGAAACGACGCUUCCUCCGGUGAUCGAGCCAGUUAUUCCAUCGAUUCCGGCUUUGACAGAGGUUCCACUCGAUCACACCAGCCAGAUGUUGGACACGGGACUCGGCAAUCAAAUGCUUUUCCCGGACUCGUCCGUGAACAUUUCUGCGCCGCAAAUAAUCAUUUCGGAUACCAGCACGUGCCUCGAUACCGGUAUUAGUGUUAAUCGUGAGACGCCGAGUGGUAUAUUGAGACCACCAAUCGAGAGGCCUCGCGAGCAGAUUGAACCGGGUGCAGUUUUAACCGAGGCAACGCAAGUUGCUCCGGUCACUGAGGCGCCUCAGCAGCCAGAUCGCCCUACGAGCGAUGAUCAGGUACCACAACCUGAGGAUACAUCACAUAAAGAGAUGCUGAUAUCGAUCUUGAAACUCUAUCUUACGCAACAGCGCGAAAUGGCAAACACCAAACAGAACGCAAUCACCAUCAAUCGACUUGCGCAGAUUACCAACGACGACCGGAUGGCGAGCGCCAGGCGCUUCAAACAUUUGCUAACGCUGAAAACGUGGGGUUUCAUCGAACUAGAAACUAGCGACUCAUCUCAGUUAAGGAAAAUUGCGCUGCGUUGAUGCUAGAUUUUAAUAAUUUUAAAACAAUAACACUACACACCGACGUGUGAUGAAAUAUCUUCGUAGCAGUAAGUAUGUUCAUAACAAUGCAUUGGAUUAUUAUAUAAGAAUAUAUAACUGAUUAACAGUGCCGGUUAAAAGCUGUUAACCUUGAAUUUAUAUUUCAA